AUGGAUCCUGAACGAGCUAGUACAGAUGAAGUAGAAAGUAAUGCGCCUGCUUCCGCAGAAGGGACGGCGCCACUAGAUGUUAAUGUUAGUGAAAGGCCUGCAUCAGAGGAGUUCCGAAAGAAGUACAUCAGCCAGAGAUUUAUAGAUCAGAAAAGGAAGGAGUUUCUUGAACUAAAACAAGGUAAAAUGUCUGUGACUGAAUAUGAACGCGAAUUUGUCAGACUUAGUAAGUAUGCUCGGGAAUUUGUAUCCACCGAAGCCAACAUGUGCAAGAGAUUUGAAGAUGGGCUUAAUGAUGACAUCCGACUAUCAGUGGGUGUAUUGGAAAUCAGAGAGUUUGUUGUUCUGGUAGAAAGAGCUUGUAAAGUAGAAGACUUGUUAAAAGAAAAAGAGAAGAGCAAAGCUGAAGCUGGAGCGCAGGAUACAAAGAAGAGGCAAAUGAGUAAAUCAUUUCAGUCUACAUCUAAGAGGCCUAGGGAGCUCUCUAGCGGAUCACAUUUUCCACAGAUAUAUUCUGGCCGAAGCAGAAGUAGAAGAUUCGAGGGUUUUAGAGCUCAAACCACUACAGUUGCAAGUACAGGCAGUACUCGACCUCCUAGGCCUGAAUGUUCUCAAUGUGGGAGACGCCACCCCGGAGAGUGUAGAGCAGGUGAAAAUGUUUGUUUUAGAUGUGGAGCAUCCGAUCACUUUAUCCGGGAUUGUCCUGAAACAACUAAAAGAGAAGAAAUAACGAGUGCGAGAUCAGGUAAUGCUCCUACCAGAGGUAGACCGCAGAGAAACCCAGGAGUGGGGGCGAGUAAUAGGAGUGCAUCCAGAGAUUCAGCAGCGAGAUCAGAUGUUAGAGCACCCGCGAGAACAUAUGCUAUUCGUGCUCGUGAAGAGGCGUCCUCUCCUGAUAUAAUUACGGGUACACUUUCUCUUUAUGAUACUAAUGUUAUUGCAUUAAUUGAUCCGGCUCAGUACAUUCAUAUAUAUGCAUGA